AGCAGAGACACUUCUGGUGGCUGAUCCAGGGGCUUUGUGUUGAGCUUCCAGGGGAUGCAGAUUGAUUGACAUGUAUUCAGAGGGGAUUUCAGAUCUGACUGAAAUGAUUAUGCAACUGGUAAAAUGUCCCCCUGACCAAAGAGAAGCCAUGACUUCCUUAGCAAAAGACAGGACCAAGAACCGUUACUUGCCUACCUUUGAAAAAGUGUUGAAGAGCCACGGACAAGACUACCUUGUGGGCAACAGGCUGACCAGGGUGGACAUCCACCUGUUCGAACUUCUCCUCUAUGUUGAAGAGCUUGACGCCAGCCUUCUGACCUCUUUCCCUCUGCUGAAGGCCUUCAGGAGCAGAAUCAGCAGCCUCCCCAAUGUGAAGAAGUUCCUACAGCCUGGCAGCCAGAGAAAGCCUCCCUUGGAUACAAAACAAAUCAAAGAAGCCAGGAAGAUUUUCAAGCUUUAGUGAAGCAGUAUUGAUGGAGCCACAGAGUCUGGUCUCUAAUGGUUUUCAAUAAUAUAAUGCAAUUGUUGAUCCUGGCUAUUUUGCAAUAAUAAAAAAUGAACAAAUGGUA